AUGCUUCACAAGGAUAGCAAGAAGAUUGAUGGGAAGAAUAGCUACUCAGAUCUUGGAGAUGAGAGCCUUCUUUCGCUCAUUCUGCCAAGCCCUUUACCGCCCUCUUUCGAAGUCUCGUUUUCUCGUUCCUCUGUCGUUCCUUCUCCCUCAGAUAUUUCCUUUGAGGACCCCUUUGAUGAUCCAAGAAUGGAGCCUAUCCCUCUGCCAUUUCCUCAAUCGGUACACGCAAAGAUGACAUGCGAUGCUUCAAAUUUGCUGCUCGUGUCAGAUGAUGCCAGCCUUUUAUCUUCCUUCAUUCAACUGCGGUACAAGCCAUUGGAUACCAAGAAACUUCGUCAAGAAUCCGGCAGUCACACUGUUGGAUCCAACAUUAGCACCAACGAGCCCGUCUUUGGCGACGACCAAACGUGCCUCAACAAAAGUCAACGAGCGGUUCCUAUGCAAGCCAAUCCAGACGAAGACGGCAUGGUUUGUUCUUCGUUGCUCAAGAUUCCGUUUUGUGAUCCUAACGCGGAGCUUUUGCCCGUCGAAUCGCAAGGCCAAGUGCCACGACCACUGGUUCCUGCGACUUGUGGUCGAUCUAGAUGUGCCAAUGCGGUCGUGAGCAAGGAGCCAACAGGGACCCCUACUAAUCAUAAACAAGGCCCGAUCUAUUGCACUGUUGGAUCCAAAAGAAGCAUGGAUAAAAACAUCGUCGCUGAUGACCAAGUGCGUGUCAACAAGCGCCAACGACCAACACGUGCACCUACUUCCGGGCCUACUUCAGGACCCACAUCUGGACGAACCAGUGGAUGUAUUGAACCAGCAUUUGGAGCUACAUCGAGUCUAAAAGGUGGUCCUACGAGUCCCGCCACUAGCCCAUUAUUUAGGCCAACCUCGUAUCCAACCACUAGCCCAACAUCAGCACCAGCUUCUGGUCCUACAUCAUCAGAUCAAACCAGUGCCCCAACAUCAAGAGCAGCUGACAAAGAAGGACGCAUACCUCAAUUCAACCCUUACCAAGAGAAGAAUUGGAGAGAGCAGUUCCAAAAGCUCAUCCAAUACAAGCUUAAGAAUGGACACUGCUGUGUUCCUCAAACGUACCCAGAAGACCCUGUGCUCGCUAGAUGGGCCAAGAGACAAAGACAUCACUACAAGAAAUUCAAUGACAAUCUUCCCGCAUCCGCCAUGUCCACUCGCCGUAUUGAAGAUCUCGAAUCCAUCGGGUUUGUAUGGGCUCCACACCAAGCAGCGUGGCUAGAGAAACUCAAUGAGCUCAAGGCAUUCAAACAAAGAACAGGUCACUGCAACGUCCCAGCUCGCUAUCCAGAGAAUACUACACUGGCCACUUGGGUAAAAUCUCAACGUCGGCAACACAGGCUUUUCGUCUCUGGUGGCGAUUCGUCGUCGACUAUGACAAUUGAACGUGUUCAAAAGUUGGAUUCCAUUGGUUUUGUGUUCGAUACCUCAAGGACGAACUCAUCAGGAGUGCGGUGA